GGAGAGGAAGUGACGUCACCCGGGAGCGCGCAGAAGCCGGGCUGCGGCGCCGCUGGGAAGCGUUUCGUCAACAUGGCUCACCUGCCGAUGAAGCUCCUGCGCAGAAAGAUCGAGAAGCGGAACCUCAAGUUGCGGCAGAGGAACCUCAAGCUGCAGGGGGCCUGGGAUGUGAGCCUGUCAGAAACUCAAGAUGAAGAUGUGUCUCAAGAAACCGUAGCAAGUGGAAAAAUUAAAAAAUCCCUGAAACUGUCUGUGAAUGUGGGCUUGUCAGAAGCCCCAAAUGGAGAUACAUGUAAAGAAACAGUGGGAGGUGGGAAAGUUAAAAAAUCCCUAAAGCGAUCUAUGAAUAAGGGCCUGUCAGAAGCCCAAAAUGGAGAUAUAGCUAAAGAGACAGUGGAAGAUGUAAAAGUUAAAAAGUCCCCCAAGAAAUCUACCAUAUUAACCAACUGGGAAGCAGCAGUGCACUCAUCCAAUUCAGAAUCGAAGAAGAAGAAGAAAAAGAAAAAGAGAAAAAUGGUGGAUAAUGCUGGGCCUGAUACCAAAAAAGCAAAAACGGACGACCAAGUGGAGCCAGAGGAAGGUGCCCAGGCCCCUGAAGAAACCGAAACCAGUGUGGGGAAGCCAGGCAAUGGGGAAGAGGAGAGCGAGGUGCCCAGCCUGCCCCUGGGACUGACAGGGGCUUUCGAGGACACUUCAUUUGCUUCUCUCUCUAAUCUUGUCAAUGAGAAUACUCUGCGGGCAAUAAAAGAAAUGGGCUUUACAAACAUGACCGAAAUCCAGCAUAAAAGUGUCAGACCACUUCUGGAAGGCAGGGAUCUUCUGGCAGCUGCAAAAACUGGCAGUGGCAAAACCCUGGCCUUCCUCAUCCCUGCAGUUGAACUCAUUGUUAAGUUAAAGUUUAUGUCCAGGAAUGGAACAGGAGUUCUUAUUCUCUCCCCUACUAGGGAACUGGCCAUGCAGACUUUCGGUGUUCUUAAAGAGCUGAUGACACGCCACGUUCAUACAUACGGGCAUGCAGGUGAGAGAACACUGUGUAGUACUGUCUCAUGUCUUGUGUCAACAAACUUUACAACUAACAGUGUUUCUUUGUCUUGUUAGAAUACUCCAGGGUUUAUGUAUAAAAACCUGCAGUGUCUGGUUAUUGAUGAGGCUGAUCGUAUCUUGGAUGUUGGGUUUGAAGAGGAGUUAAAGCAGAUUAUUAAACUUCUGCCAACACGCAGGCAGACCAUGCUCUUUUCUGCCACACAAACUCGCAGAGUUGAGGACCUGGCGAGGAUUUCUCUGAAAAAGGAGCCAUUGUAUGUUAGUGUCGAUGAUGAUAAAACUAAUGCAACAGUGGAUGGUCUUGAGCAGGGAUAUGUUGUUUGUCCUUCCGAGAAAAGAUUCCUCCUGCUCUUCACAUUCCUUAAGAAGAACCGGAAGAAGAAACUCAUGGUCUUCUUCUCAUCUUGUAUGUCUGUGAAAUACCACUAUGAGUUGCUGAACUACAUCGAUUUGCCUGUCUUGGCCAUUCAUGGAAGGCAGAAGCAAAAUAAACGUACAACCACAUUCUUCCAGUUCUGCAACGCGGAUACAGGCAUAUUGUUGUGCACGGACGUGGCAGCCAGAGGGCUGGACAUUCCUGAAGUCGACUGGAUUGUUCAGUAUGACCCUCCAGAUGACCCCAAGGAAUACAUUCAUCGAGUGGGAAGAACUGCCAGGGGCCUAAACGGAAGGGGGCAUGCCUUGCUCAUUUUGCGUCCUGAAGAAUUGGGUUUCCUUCGUUACCUGAAGCAAUCCAAGGUCCCGUUAAGUGAGUUUGAGUUUUCCUGGUCCAAAAUUUCUGACAUCCAGUCCCAGCUUGAAAAAUUGAUUGAAAAGAACUACUUCCUUCAUAAGUCAGCCCAGGAAGCGUAUAAGUCGUACAUUCGAGCAUAUGACUCCCAUUCUCUGAAACAGAUCUUUAACGUUAACAACUUAAAUUUGCCUCACGUUGCUCUGUCAUUUGGCUUCAAGGUGCCUCCUUUUGUUGAUCUGAAUGUGAACAGCAAUGACGGCAAGCUGAAGAAGAGAGGCGGCGGCGGUGGGUUCGGCUACCAGAAGCCCAAGAAAGUGGAGAAGUCCAAAAUCUUCAAGCACAUUAGCAAGAAGUCGUCCGACGGCAGGCAGUUCUCUCACUGAAGUUGUCCUUCCACCUUCGGGGCUCAGUCCUGAGAGGAGUGUUUUUUCUUGC